UCCCUGGUCGACACUGCGCUCUCACCGCGGAGCACCCUUCUAGCUUCUUCGUCUCUCCGACGGACGCUGGAACUUUUCUCUAGCCUUAGCCAAACUUAUUUCCCGCCUCUCAAAACUCCAGCUUCUCUCCACUCACGGACCUUUUUUUGCCGCUUCUCCCCAACCCCCGGACUCCCAAGCCACAAAACCACCAUCCCACUCCUUUCUCCCAUCCCCAUCCCUUUUCCCGAAUCCCUUCGCAACUUCCCUUCCUCUUCCACUCAGACUCCCUAACUCGCGCGCCUGUCGCGUGUCCGUCUACCCAUCAAACUCCGUGUCUUCUGCUCUAGUCUCGAAGUCAUGGCGGGACCUGGGGGCUGGAGAGACAAAGAGGUCACGGAUCUGGGCCACUUGCCGGAUCCAACUGGAAUAUUCUCACUAGAUAAAACCAUUGGCCUUGGUUCUUAUGGAAGAAUAUAUUUGGGGCUUCAUGAAAAGACUGGUGAAUUUACCGCUGUUAAAGUAAUGAAUGCCCGUAAGACUCCUUUACCUGAAAUAGGAAGGCGGGUGAGAGUGAAUAAAUACCAAAAGUCUGUAGGAUGGAGAUACAGUGAUGAGGAGGAAGAUCUUAGGACUGAACUCAACCUGCUGAGGAAGUACUCUUUCCACAAAAACAUUGUGUCCUUCUAUGGUGCAUUUUUCAAGCUCAGUCCCCCUGGCCAAAGGCACCAGCUUUGGAUGGUGAUGGAGUUCUGUGCAGCAGGCUCUGUCACUGAUGUGGUGAGGAUGACAAGGAAUCAGAGCUUAAAAGAGGAUUGGAUUGCAUAUAUCUGUCGAGAAAUCCUUCAGGGUUUGGCACAUCUUCAUGCACACCGAGUAAUUCACCGGGACAUCAAAGGUCAGAAUGUGCUACUGACUCACACUGCUGAAGUAAAACUGGUGGAUUUUGGAGUGAGUGCACAGGUAAGCAGAACCAAUGGAAGGAGAAAUAGCUUCAUUGGGACACCAUACUGGAUGGCACCUGAGGUGAUUAACUGUGAUGAGGACCCAAGGCGCUCCUACGAUUACAGAAGUGAUGUGUGGUCUGUAGGAAUCACUGCUAUUGAAAUGGCUGAAGGGGUUCCUCCUCUGUGCAAUCUUCAGCCCUUGGAAGCCCUCUUCGUUAUUUUGCAGGAAUCUGCUCCCACAGUCAAAUCCAGUGGAUGGUCCCGCAAGUUCCAAAACUUCAUGGAAAAGUGCAUGAUAAAAAAUUUCUUAUAUCGACCUACUUCUGGAAACAUGCUUCAUCACCCAUUUGUUCAGAAUAUCAAAAAUGAACGGCAUGUUGUGGAGUCAUUAACAAAACAUCUUACAGGAAUCAUUAAAAAAAGACAGAAAAAAGGCAUACCUCUGGUGUUUGAAAGAGAAGGAGCUAUUCAGGAGCAGUACAUGACAAGAAGAUUCAGAGGACCUUCUUGCACUCCUGAACUUUUGAGAAUGCCAACUAGCAGCAGAUGCAGACCACUUAGAGUCGUGCAUGGAGAACCCCCUCAGCCAAGGUGGCUGCCUGAUCAAGAUGAGCCCCAGGUCAAAGCACUUCAACAACUGCAGGGGGCAGCCAUGGUGUUCAUGCCGUUACAGUCCCAGGACGAUACACAGAGGCCUCUACAGGGGCAUGCUCAGGCACAGGCUCAACAACAUGAAGCAGCUCAGGUGUUCAAGCCACUACAGCUUCAGCUUAAUGAUAAGGCUGUUAGGCCUCUAGACAUGCAGAUUAAGGCACCUCCACGACUAAGGAAGGCAGCCAGGGUGCUCAUGCCACUACCUGUGCAGGAUAAAGUACUUAGUCUUCUACAGGAACAGGCCCCUGUACCUAAAGGAGAGCAGAUCCAGACCCAGGGCUUAGCACUAGAACAGCCUCAAGAUCUGGACCAUGUGCCAGAGGAAUUUCAGGGGAAUGAUGGUGUAUCUGAACAACCACAAAGGCAGCACCAGGGUGCUGAACAACUACAGAGACAGAAUGAGGCUUCUGAGCAGAAUCUAGAGCCGAAUCAGGCACCUGAACAGCCAGAGGUACAGGAAGAAGCUGCUGAUCCUGUACAAGCCGAGCCUGAGGCAGAGGAACCUGAGCCAUUACAAGUGUGUGCCCAGGUAUUCCUACCUCUUCUCUCCCAGAACCAUUAUGUUCUCUUGCCACUACACUUGGAUACACAAGUCCUAAUUCCAGUAGAGGGACAAAAUGAAGGGUUAUCUCAAGCACAAGCCUGGCCAGUAGAGGCCUCACAGGCAGUUGGCUCAGUUCAAGCACUGGUAGAGGGAUUAUCAAGAGAUCUACUUAGAGCACCAAACUCAUAUAACACAAAGCCACUUGGUCCACUGCAAACCCUGAUGGAAAAGCUGUCAUCAAACCCAUUUUACACUCAGCCAGAACAAACACGGAAGAAAAAAUCAAAAGUUUUCAGUCUUAGGCAAGCACUGGCAAAAAGACUAUCACCAAAGAGGUUUAGGGCAAAGUCAUUAUGGAGAACUGAAGAGUUUGAACUCUCAGAUUUAGAAGCCGGCAGGAGACGGCGCCAACGCAGAUGGGAGGACAUCUUUAAUCAGCAUGAAGAAGAACUGAGACAAGUUGAAAAUGACAAAGAAGAUGAGUCAUCAGACAAUGAUGAAGUGUUUCAUUCAAUUCAGGCUGAAGUCCAAAUCGAACCAUACAUUCCAAAUCCUGCAGGAAAUGAGGUCCAAGAGCGGUCUGUUUCUAUGCCUUGCAAUCAGGAUCGUCCACACCACGUGAGGUUUUCUUCAAGUGUUCCUCAGCCACCUCUUUUGGAACAAGCUGAGCAGCCCAUUGAUAUUGCAGAGAAUUUGGAAAAUCCUCAAAAUUGCCAAGCAGCAUCAGAAUCAUCUUCUGAAGAGGAGAGUCCUGUGAUUAGGAGAAAGUCCCAGUCAUCACCACCUUAUUCUACUAUUGAUCAGAAGUUGCUGAUUGAUGUCCAUGUUCCAGAUGGAUUUAAAGUAGGAAAAAUGUCACCCCCUCUAUACUUGACAAAUGAAUGGGUAGGCUAUAAUGCACUCUCUGAAAUCUUCUGGGAUGAUUGGUUAAUUCCUGCACCUGUCAUUCAGCCACCUGAAGAGGAUGGUGAUUAUGUUGAACUCUAUGAUGCUGGUGCUGAUACUGAUGGUGAAUCUAAUGAUGUUUAUGAAGAUACCUAUGACCAUGUCUAUGGCAAUACCUUGGAUAACCAGGUUGAUCAGGCAAAUGAUGUCUCUGAAGACUGUGUUAAUGGUGACAACAAUAAUGAAUCAGUUUAUGGCAUAAACAUUGAUCAUGAUGGUGCUAAUUGGCCAAGGGCAAGCAAUGCCAGAGAAGGACUCAGCAAGCAAGUUGAUUGUGAUGGAAGUGAUGGACAAGGGGGCACAGAUGGUGGCUACGGAAGCAGUAGUGCCAUAAAAAGCUAUGAAAGAUUUGUAGUCAGUGCAGCCUUUGGAGACAAUGAAGGAUAUGGAGCUAAUAUAGCUAGUGGAAGCAAUGAAGAGAAUGGAGCACUUGAAUUCAAUGGAGAAGAAAUUUUCUUACCAAAUGAUUGUCUAAAACUAGAAGAACCUACAUUUCAAGAUCUUGAUCAUGAACUAGAGGAUAGUGGAACUGAGAUCUCAAAUUCAAUGGACUCAGAGAUUAUUCCCCUAGCAUUUGAUGGUGAGAAUGACAAUGACAUGUCCGAAUCAUCAAUAGCAUCGGGUUUCCCUGCCAGCCACUUCUCUCCUUCAAGAGAUUCUGGGAAGGAUUCUGAUGCUGACAUAGACAGUGCCAUCUUAUAUGCUGGAUUCGUAGAAGUCCCUGAGAAACCACCUAUGCAACCCUCUGAAGUCAAUGUUAAUCCACUCUAUGUCUCUCCUACACGGGCAAAGCCACUAAUCCAUAUGUAUGAAAAAGAAUUCACUUCUGAGAUCUGCUGUGGUUCUUUGUGGGGAGUUAAUUUGUUGCUGGGCACCCGAUCUAAUCUGUAUCUAAUGGACAGAAGUGGAAAGGCUGACAUUACUAAACUUAUAAAGCGAAGACCAUUCCGCCAGAUUCAAGUCGUGGAGCCACUCAAUUUGCUGAUUACCAUCUCUGGCCACAAGAAUAGACUUCGGGUAUAUCAUUUAACUUGGCUGAGGAACAAGAUUUUGAACAAUGAUCCAGACAGUAAAAGAAGACAAAAAGAAAUGUUGAAAACAGAGGAGGCUUGCAAAGCUAUUGAUAAAUUGAUUGGCUGUGAACACUUCAGUGUCCUUCAACAUGAAGAAACAACUUAUAUUGCAAUUGCUUUGAAAUCAUCGAUUCACCUUUAUGCAUGGGCACCAAAAUCUUUUGAUGAAAACACUGCUAUUAAAGUGAUAUGCAUUGAUCAGUCAGCAGACUCUGAAGGAGACUACAUGUCCUAUGAAGCCUAUAUACGAAUACUGGCCAAAAUAAAGGCAGCUGAUCCAGCGAACCGAUUUAAGAGACCAGAUGAGCUCCUUCAUUUGCUAAAGCUCAAGGUAUUUCCAACUUUUGGUCUCAAUCCAGUGACAGUUGAUCUGGCUGUUGGUUCUGAGAAAAGACUCAAGAUUUUCUUCAGCUCAGCUGAUGGAUAUCAUGUCAUCGAUGCCGAAUCAGAAGUUUUGUCUGAUGUGACCUUGCCAAAUAAUAAUAUUGUCAUUUUACCUGAUUGUUUGGGAAUUGGCAUGAUGCUCACCUUCAAUGCAGAAGCUCUUUCUGUGGAAGCAAAUGAACAACUCUUCAAGAAGAUCCUUGAAGUGUGGAAAGAUAUACCAUCUUCCAUAGCUGUUGAGUGUACACAGAGAACCACAGGAUGGGGCCAAAAGGCCAUUGAAGUGCGCUCUUUGCAAUCAAUGUUUCUGGAUGAUGAGCUAAAGCGCAGAUCAAUCAAGAAACUGAGAUUUCUGUGUACCCGGGGUGACAAGCUGUUCUUUACCUCUACCCUGAACAAUCACCACAGCCGGGUUUACUUUAUGACUAUUGGAAAACUUGAAGAGCUCCAAAGCCAUUAUGAUGGUUAAAAGUACUAUUGAUUCAUUAUAACAUUAUAAACAUCACAUCUAUGGGAUUACAUAUUUGGAUUGUUGAAAUUAAAUGAGCAGUUUUAUCAUUAGAGAAAAAAAUAAUCAGAAACCUUUUAAAAUGUAGCACAGAAUAGCUUUUAAUCAGAAAUGCAGCUUUAUAUAUAAACUUAAUUAUAGCAAGCUCUAUGUACUCCAGUGGUGUACAAUAUCUUUUGCACAAAUUUUGUAACUUUUGUUACUGUGAAUUCAAAUAUUACUCUUAGGACAGUUUGGACAGUAUCUGUAUUCAGAUUUACAACAUGGAGUAUAUUACAUUACAAGCAGCUUCCAAAUGAAUUGCCCUAAGUUUAUUCCAAAAAAGUACUGAAAAAUGUGACUUUUUCCAAACUAAGGUUAUAUCAUGAAACAAAAAUUGUAAUUACUGCUAUAACCCAGACUAAUGUUGGAAAUAUUAUAGUGAUCAAGGGGAAAAUGCUACCCAUUUACUCACAAUAAGCCCACAAUUAGAAACCAGUUGUGCUCUUUUUACACCUCAUUUAAGCUGGUGUUUUCUCUGAAGGAAGAGAGGAAAAAUGCCUCAGGUAUUAGGUUUUCUCCAGAACCCCCAAAGAUGUGCAAUACAUAUUUUGCAAAUAAGUUACUUGCAAGCCUGAAUACAGGACUGGAUUCCAAUAUACAUGUACUGUAGAAUUUUUUUGUUUUUAAAAUCUGUCUAGUAGGCGUCAAAAUCUACCCCUAAGAUUGGUUAAUUUUUAAAAAUUAUUAAAUUACCAAUAGUAUGGCCAUUAGAUAGCAUCAAAUAUUUACCCAAUUUUGGAUUAAACUAUGCAAAAUUCCCUCUAGUAAUUAAAAUGAAACAAAAACAAUGAAAGAGAAUAAAAAAUUUUGAUGGCUAAUAUUUAUAUUUUCAUAUGUGCAUUGCUAAAAAUUUGAAAUUAAAAUUAUUUGAGUAAUAAUUCCUUAUUCAUAGACAAUAUUAUAGGCAAAUUUGAAAAUUUUGAAUAAAAAGUCAACCUUCCUUGUAUAUCAAAGUCUAAAAUAUUGUAGUAGUGAAAAUAAUGCAAGCUCAUCACCCAAGUAUGUUAUAGACGCCACACAUAGGUGGUAUUUGGUCACCUAUGAUAUCUGCUACCUGAUGAAAAGCAUAAUUUAUGCAUAUCCAUCCUCAAUGCCAUGGUCAGUUCUGGGCAAUAAAGAAAGCAACAGAGCUACCACAAAGUAUACCUCAAUACUUCCUCUAGUUUCUCCUUCUAAAAUUUGAAGACAGUACUAGUGGGAUAAUAAUUCUUAAACUACCUGGAUAACCAAGGAAAAGCAGCUGAAUGUGUGUGAUUCCAUGAAAGCACAUCAUUUCUUGACACCUCUGUGCCAGAAAUGAAGAUUUGGAUUUUCCUGAUGAUUUAUAUCAAGAGUGUAGUAACAGUGUUCAGAAUGUAGGAUAACCUGAAUCCAUGAGUAAAACAUAAAUGUGAUUCACAUUUCUGUUACUGUGACACAAUAAUGUGAUCCUACAACUGGCUUAUCCUUGAGUGUUUACAAUUCAAAUUACUUCUUAAGUGCAGUAGUAUUUUUUAAAAACGAAAACAAACUUUAAUGUCAAAUUAUUUCCUUAGAAGUAGUCUUUAUUAAACUUUGUACACCAAAAGGCCAUGGGGAACUUUGUGCAAGUACCUCAUCGCUGAGCAAAUGGAGCUUGCUAUGUUUGAAUUUCAGAAUAUUUUCUCAUUUAUGUAGUACAUAGGAAUAAGUUUUUAAGAAUUCAUUUUUCUUAAUAUUUACUCAAAGUUAAUCACUUAAAAUAAGUUUUAUAUUUUAGUAAUUCAACUCCCAUUGUUUUGUGUGGCAGUUAUUCUAGUAAACAUAGAAAGUAGUAAAUAGAACAUACAUUAAUGUUUGAAAGAAACCACAUAGGAAAGAUUACAAGUCUGUAACUUAGCUUUAAAAGCUGAGAUGUUAAUGAACAAAAGAAGCUGGGCACCUUGCAAGAAUGGAGGUUGAAGAGUUACAUGGUCAAGUAGGUAAGACUGAAAAUAUCUAAAGUAAUGCAUAGGUAAUAAGUAUUCCAAUUUAGUUACAAAUCCAUCUGGAAUCUUAUAUCCAUUGAUAGCUUAAACCAAGUGGAGAACUAAUAGUAUUUCAUAGUUUUUCUUUAUAUUAGCACCUGGAAUUGCCAGCCCAUCGCAGAGGUGUGUAGUGGAACAGCAGGAAAGCCAGAUUUCAAAGUGCUGUGGUUUGAAGCCCUUGUGUUUUGGCAGGUCAUGAGCAGAGAUGGAGAAAGAGUAUAGUUUUAUUUUAGUGCAGUUGAGUUUUUUUUUCUGCCAGUGUCCUUUUAAUAAAAUAGAAUUAUUGGAUAUGUUAGAAAAUUAGAAAAUGUUGAAUGACUAGGGAUGAUAAAAUUAGUGGAUAAACCAGUUGAAGCAAAGUAAGAUCCUAGAGUAAAACAGUAUGGAAGAAAAAUAAUUUAGACAGUAAAACAAGCAAAGUAGAUUCACAUAGGCAUACACACCCACACACAGAUAUUCGAAUUAAUAAAUUAUAAGAAUCAUAAAUUUAUUUCAUUAAAAUACUACCAGUAUUGGCAGUUAUGAGAUAAAUUGAUCAUUAAGUGAUGUUUUCUGGAAAAAUCCUUUAGUUUAGACAGUACCCAUAAGACAAGGACUAAUGACACAUGUACCCAAUGUGAUCUUUUAAAUACUCUGAAUUUUUGCAAGAUGUGUUCCUAUUUGAAUCAACCUAUACUGAUUCUUUACUUUCAAUACUGCAUAAUCUUUGAGAAGAAUCGUCUAAUCAGAAACUCUGUACUGAAUCAUCAUUCAGCUUUUUAAAUAAAAUGUUGCAGUUA